UAUGCUAUUAGCCAAUCCAAGAAAAGAAUCUUAUCGGAGGCCAGUGAUGAUGCAACCAAUGCACUGCACGCCAGCUAAGAUGGGGGCGGGGGCUAGGAUUGAUUGGCAGAGCGGACUCCUAUGGUUGAGGACGAUAUUCCUGGGGUCUCCGGUGCUGAGGGGAGGAGCCGAGCGGCCUGGGUGCGCUGGAAGUGGCCUCCAUGACCUUCGAGGGCCAAGAGAGGAGCUAGGAGGCCGGCGGGAGUCCCGGAGGACCGGCCUUCCAGUCCCCAUGAAGCAGGCGUUCUCGCUGCCAGGCCCGACAGCGUUCGCGUACCUGACCGCGGCUGGCAGCCAAAUCCCCGGCGUCUGCGCUCGGGAACGAGAGUCCUUGGCCAGGACGUGCAGCUCCGGAGCCCUCGCGGGCGACCUUGACCAUCCAGAGGAGGCCUGGUCUUCAAGGUCCUUCAGGAUCUGGGCACAGCGUCCCUCUCCAGCUUUCCUCCCACGCACGCACUCAACCAGAUCCCGCUGUCAGCAGCUGGCUGGUACCCCAACUGCCUGUUCUUUUAGUCGGGCUGUACCUCCCCACCUCCCGUCUUCACCUGGUGAUCUUCAAGACCCAAAGUAAAUGCCUCCUUCAUAAAGACUUUCCUUAAUCCUCAUUCUGGUCAAAAUCCGUCUCUCAUUUCCUGUGCUUCUGUACCUUGUUGACAAUAUUACCAUUUCAGAAAAUGCCCUAGUUAAGAACCUAGCUCUAGAGCCAGACCACAUAGGUUUAGAUUCUGACUCUGUCAUUUACUGACUUGGGCAGGUUUAGGCAAGUUACUUAACCUCUCUGUUCCUGCUCUGUAAAGUGGAGA